AUGGCUCUGAACUUUCCAAGUUAUUUAUUGGCUUCAAGUCCUCCGGGUUUUGAGCUGUUAUCCGACCGCUGGUUGGAGUCUAGAUCAUCGAGAUCAAACAGUUAUCGCUCAUCAUUCACAUCUUCAACUCAAACCGAAUCUUUAACAAACUCAAGAAGUGAUAGGAAGAAGACGGCCUCAUCAGCAGAAGAUCUGAAUAACAGCAGCCUGCAUGUUGGAUACGAAUACAAAGAUGCUAGGUUGGAAACUAAUCGAGACAAAGAGAAAGACAAGAUUCGAAUUUCAGAGUGGGAGCAAUCCUACAAUUGGGACCUUAGUGAACUUGCCUUAAAUUUAGAAGAUGUGGACAAUAAAAUUGAUAUCAAAAUACCUAGAAAAAUAUCAUUUGCUGAUGAGUUAGGUAAAGAAUUGACAGAAGUGAAGAUGGCUGCAGAACCUUCUGAUGUUCCUCCAGUAUUAAGUCCUGAAACAAUUCAAAAGAUCCAGCAGACACUAUCAGAUGCUUUCAUAGAUGAUGAUGACACAUCAACAACUUCAAGUCCUACAAGCUGGGAACCAGAAUAUAAAUUAAUUUUAGUUAAUUUUGAGGAGCCUCACUUGAAUCUGCUGGCACUUCACAAUCAUAUUGAACAGAUGAAUGUAUCUCUAGCCAGCAUAAAAACCCAAGUAGGUAAACUCAUUUGUGGGACGGUUGAGACAAAAUGCUGUCCAGGAAAUGUGAGAAGUGCUAAGGAAGUGGUGCUGAGGUAUACAUUAGAUGGCUGGAAGACUAGCAUGGAUGUUCAGUGCAACUUCGUUAGUGCUGUCGGAGGAACUAAUCAUGAACUGUUUUCUUUUCAGUUCCCACUCAACAACAACAUGAAUGUGCAAUCGAGUGGUGAUAAUUCUUCUAAAGAUUCUAUUGUCAUUGAGUUUGCUAUUUGUUACAGAACUGAGUCUGGUAAUGAGUUUUGGGACAAUAAUUCAAAUCUUAAUUACAAGAUAAGUUGUAAGCUGAUAGAGUCUAAUAACAACAUGCAUAAUACUUGUACUAAAUCAGAUGUUUUUAAUGGUUCAAGAAUUCUUCACAAUCAAGUCGUCCCCAGCCAAAAGAGUCUCGACGUUGUCUUUAGAAAUCCUCUUGAUUUUGAUAAUGAUUUUGGACAUCCUUAUUGGUAA